AUGACAGUUCUCGACCCAGCGACUCAGUCAAACUACAUCGAAGUUACAACAAAACACGUUCACUUUGAUUGGACGAUUGAUUGGAAGCAGCGUAUCAUUGUGGGAUCAGCCACCCAUGAUCUAGUUGCCAACCAAGAUGGCGUCAAGCGUGUAGUCUUUGAUACCUCGUACUUGGAGAUACAUGGCGCUGAAGUUGCUGGUGCUAGUGUAGAAUAUGAGCUAAAGCAACGCCACCCAGUCAUGGGGAAUGCUCUUGAAAUUUCGUUGCCAUCUCCACUUCAGAAGGGCGACCAGAUCGUAUUGCGGAUCAGCUAUAGUACCACAAAUCAAUGCACGGCUGUCGGCUGGCUUGACAAGGAACAAACUUCUGGAAAGCAAUUUGAUUACUUAUUUUCUCAAUGCCAGCCGAUCCAUGCACGCUCUCUGGCACCGCUGCAAGACAGCUCAUCAGUCAAAAUCACCUAUAGCGCAGAUGUGACGUCCGUGCUACCAGUGUUGAUGUCAGCCCUCCGGCUUUCUCCCCCUACCGAUGGUCCAGCGCACCAAGGCAAGGAAGUUGGAGUAGAGUUAGUGAGGUACCAAUACAACCAGCCCAUAGCCAUCCCUUCAUAUCUUAUUGCUAUCGCUUCUGGAAACGUGAUCUAUAAACCAUUCGCGCCUGUCCCAGGUCGCCAAUGGAAAACCGGAGUAUGGACUGAACCGGAGCAAAUGGACGCAGCAUUUUGGGAGUUCAGUGAAGAUACUUCCAGGUAUGUCCUCCAAGCCGAGGAAAUAUUAACACCAUACGAGUUCGGUGUCUACGACUUGUUGCUACUCCCUCCAUCGUUCCCUUACGGCGGAAUGGAAAACGCUUGCUUGACAUUCGUUACGCCCACUCUCCUGACUGGAGAUAGGUCCCUGGUUGAUGUCGUCGCACAUGAAAUUUCCCACAGCUGGUUUGGAAAUAAUGUAUCGUGUGCCGACUCGGGACAUUUUUGGCUGAACGAGGGCUGGACUACAUACACCGAGCGCCUAUUAAAGGGGAUGCUCCAUACCCCAGCAGAACGUGAUUUUUCGUAUAUCAUCGGAGAGAAGGCCCUGAUCGACGCUCUCGAGCAUUAUAAAGAUCGCCCCAGGUUCCAAAGGCUCGUCAUAGACUAUGCAUACGGUGAGGAUCCGGAUGACGCAUAUAGUCGAGUCCCAUACGACAAAGGAUCCAAUUUCUUGUUGUAUCUGGAACGUUUACUUGGAGGACUUGAUGUUUUCCUUCCGUAUGCACGGGACUAUAUCAACACUUUUCGAGGACAGUCGAUUCGAACGGACGAAUGGAAGGCCCACCUGUACGCAUACUUCGAGAAGCACGGGGGUGAAGACAAGUUGAAAGUGCUAAACUCAGUUGACUGGCAGGAAUGGCUUCAUGGGGAAGGUACCAAGUUACCUGUAAAAAUAGAAUACGACACCAAACUUGCUGAAAGAUCCUAUCAACUUGCCGCAAAGUGGAACGACUCUCGUACUAUUGAUCCAGGAAACCUGCCGUUUUCAGCAAAAGAUUUACACGAAUUUAGCUCGAACCAAACUGUUGUCUUCUUGGAACGCUUGCAGCGCUACGACCCCCUUCCCGCUCUCCAUAUCAAGUCAUUGGGAAAAAUAUAUUCGCUGGACACGACUAUGAACUCGGAAAUUCGGCUGCGCUGGUACGAGCUUGCUCUUUCAGCUCAAGAACCAGCACCUCUGGCAUGGUCCACUCGAGCGGCGGAAUGGGUCGUCGGAGGCGGAAAGGGCGUCGACGCAGGCAGGGGUGUCAAAGGCCGAAUGAAGUUCUGUCGCCCCACUUUUCGUGCUAUAUACAAGGUAGACCCAACACUUGCGAAAAGCUCAUUCGAAGCACACAAGGCCGAAUUCCAUCCAAUUGCUCGGCGCAUGAUCGCAAAGCGCUUAAUUCUCUUUGUAGCUCUAUUCGCAUAUCACACAGAGGUGUCCAAGGCCGCCAACUACCUUGGAGCACAACCACUUGCGUAUUCAAGGCGGAUCCAGGUUGUUUCUGCCUCGGAAGAGGUGGGGGCCUCUCCGACACAGGCUGAUAAUGUGGCGGGAAAAAUCUUCCACCUGGAACAGUCAUUCAAAUUAUGGAUAGCUAACGAGAUUCAACAAGCAACCCUGGCUCAGGCCGAUGGCCAUCCUGUUGCUGCACCAAGCCUAAUUAUAGAAGAUGCUUUCAACGGAGGGAUAUCGUUGACGUGCAAAGAUGUCCAUGAAGUUCCUGUUGUGGCAUGGUGGUUAAUGCCCGCUUCAGCUCUGAUGAUUCUAACCGAACAUACAAGAAACGAAAAUGCAACAGGCAUCCUGAAAGACCUGGCUCGACUGCAUACUGAAGAUACAGAAAAUCUAUUUGUCAAAGCGGGUGAGCUUUACCUUCGGAAUGUGUCAGAUCGGUUACUUUGCGUGCCCGGGCUCCCGGCAAUGCACGAAUGGGAGCUUCAGCCCCACUACUUGCCUUUUGUGCCACUAUUCAUGGUCUCUCUAAUUUCGCGAAUCGCGAACCUAAUGAAACAUGCGGAUAUACUAGCUUGUGGUACCACUUUUGAGAUGGAGCCCAUCGCCGCGGCAUCCCUUUCGACUGCGUUUAGCAACCCGAUCAAGCCAUUCUUUGUCGGUCCGCCUGUAGACCUUGUCUCCACCCACGAGCUCGACCCCGCCUCACCUAUUACCCAGUUCCUGGACAAGGCAUAUUCCGAGAAAGGGGCUAACUCAGUCGUAUAUGUUGCUUUCGGGACAAUUUGGUUCCCGCCCUCAACUUCAAUGUCCCAUCUUAUGGCAGUGAUUGACGAAAUACUCAAAGCUGGAUUCAGGCUGAUUUUUGCCAUCUCUCCCAAGAACGUUGGGAUUUACAGAUCAUGGAUUGAACAGCACAUUGAAACAGGAAAUGCGAUAUUCCCUGAGUGGACCAACCAAACGGCGGUUCUGGAGCACCCUGCGAUCCAUUACUUCUUAUCACACGGCGGAUGGAACUCGACCACCGAAGCACUUGUGCGAGGCGUCCCCAUGAUCUUUUGGCCAAUUUCAGGUGAUCAACCCAUGAACGCCAUCCAAAUUGUCGAUACUCAUGACUGCGGCUUCGAGCUCCUGCAAGUCCGCGAUGGACCCGCCAAGUCUACAGCAUAUCGAAGAGACACCAGGAUAGAGAUAGUAGGCACCGACGAGGCGGUGCGUGAGGAGAUAAGCAAGGUGAUGGAACUGAGCAAGGGGCCCAGGGGGCAUCAUCAGCGUAGAAACAUUCGGGCUCUGGGUCAAGUGAUCUCUCGCUCGCUCGGACCGGGAGGGAGUGCAGACGUAGGACUGGAGGAGUUUGGGAAGUCUUUGGGUCUUGUGACAAUGGAUUAG